AUGCCGCUGUUCGGCUUGUUCCAGAGAACUCCCCAAGAGCUUGUGAAAACACUAAAAGAAGCCGUCAACGCCCUAGAGCGCGGUGAUAAGAAGCCGGAAAAAGCGCAGGAAGAAGUGAGCAAACAUUUGGUGCUAGUGAAAAAUAUGCUCUACGGUACCUCGGACGCAGAGCCUCAAUCCGAAAUUGUCCUAUCCCAGCUAACCAGCGAGCUGUACAGUACCGACCUUUUGGUGCUGCUGGUACAGAACCUCAUAAACAUCGACUUCGAGGGCAAGAAGGAUGUGGUUCAAAUCUUCAACAACGUGAUCCGGCGACAGAUUGGAGCACGCUCGCCGACGGUGGAACACAUUUGCACAAAACCGGAAAUUUUGAUCACCCUGAUGGCCGGCUACGAACAUCGCGAGAUCGCCCUCAACUGUGGUAAGAUGUUGCGAGAGUGUGCCCGGUAUAAGCCGCUUGCCAAAAUAAUGCUCCACACGGAGGAGUUUUACAACUUUUUCCACUACGUCCAAAGUUAUACGUUCGAUGUCGCAUCUGAUGCGUUUUAUACGUUUAAAGAACUGCUCACUCAGCAUCCUACGCUGAGCGCCACAUUUCUUGAGCAGCAUUACGACAAAGUGUUCGGUCACUACGAGCAACUACUCAUUUCGGAAAACUAUAUGACUCGACGACAGAGCCUCAAACUGCUCGGUGAAAUAUUGCUCGAGUCGCAUAACUUUACGGUGAUGACGAAGUACAUCACCAAUCCGACCAAUUUGAAGUUGAUUAUGAACCUGCUCAAGGAUAAAUCGCACAAUAUACAGUUUGAAGCGUUCCACGUGUUUAAGGCGUUUGUCGCCAAUCCGGAUAAACCAAAACCGAUCAUGGUGAUUCUGCUGCGCAACCAAGAAAGGCUGAUCGAGUUCUUAACCCACUUCCAAACCGACCGCUCGGAAGACGAGCAAUUCAAUGACGAACGGUCUUAUUUGAUCAAGGAGAUACAGGAGCUUAAACCUGCCACUGAUUAAG